AAGAUAAUAAUUUUGAAUAUUUAUUUAGCCAAAAUUAUUUUUGAAGCUAUAGAAUAAAUAUGAGUGAUCCUCCAGAUGAUCAAACUAUCAAGUCAAAAGAUGAAACUUAUAUUCAAUUAGUUAACCGAAUUUUCAGUAAUGAGCCAUUUAAAGAAAAAAUGAUGAUGCCAACUGUUAUGGGACGACCAGUUAUAAAAACUGUAGAAGAAAAAUUCCUAGAUUCUGUUACAGAAAGUUGUAUAUUUAAAUCGUUACUGAGUGGCGUAAUGGGUUUUGCUCUUGGAGGUGCUAUUGGUCUCUUUACAUCAAGUGUCAACCCAUCUAUUAAACCUCCUGGGCAACAGGAAACUGUAAGAGAAAUUUUACGUGAAAUGAAAACAUCAUCCAUAGGAUAUGCUAAAAAUUUUGCAUUACUUGGUGCAGUAUUUUCUGGUGUAGAGUGUACAGUAGAAACCUAUAGAGGAAAGUCUGAUUGGAAGAAUGGUACUUAUGCUGGAGGUAUUACUGGAGGUUUAAUAGGAUUUAGAGCUGGAGCCAAAGCAGGAUUACUUGGAGCAUUGGGUUUUGCUACAUUUUCAACAGCUAUAGAUUAUUAUAUGCGUAAUUCUUAUUAAUUGUUAUUUUAUAGUUGAGUAACAUUAUAUAUAUAUAAGAUGUUAAAAAUAGUCAUACAAAUAAAAGAUUCUUUGUAAUUAUUAUUAAAAACAAUAAUAAUAAAUUUUAAUUUGCUAUACUUUCAA